AUGCACUAUUUUCGGGAAUAGGGACGUUACUUGACAGGAAGGGUUAGCUAGAAAGAUUAUGUAUGUGCUUUCGACCAGAAAGGAAUGAAACUCGUCGGGCAAAAACACAUUCGUUUGGAAUAUUGACAUGACUAAGGACAUUUUCUUGUCAAGAUCAACUCAGUCUUUAUAGUUUCACAACGGAUAAUUAUAUUCUGGAUCUACGAACAGAACGAUACGGAAGUAAACUUGCCAUCUGGCUAGCUUGCUAACGGCUAGAGUCUGGAUGCCAAGUCUGGGGGUGAUGGAGCUGGGCAGGCAACUGUGUGGGAAGAUGAGGAGGUCAAGGAGGGCCGAGGGCCCCGUCACUGUGACCAUGAGAGGUCUGGAGAUUCAUUUCUACCUACCAGAUACUCACCCGCUGGAGUUCCUCAAAGACCGCUUCACCGCUGAGGAGCUGUGUGUGGAGGCCGCCAAAAGAUGCUGUAAAUAUCUCCCCCUGUGCUGUAAUCUGUUUGGUCUGUAUGAUGAGAACCAACAGCUGUGGUACGCUCCCAACCACGUCAUCAAGGUUACUGACGAGACCUGCAUCAAGCUUCACUACCGCAUGAGGUUUUACUUCACGAACUGGCAUGGUACCAGUGAGCGUGAGUCUCCAGUGUGGAGACACUGUAUCAGUAAGCUGAGGGGAGGUCUCGGCCCACAGAGGGCCCCUGAAGGUAUACCCCUACUGGACGCGGCCUCCCUUGACUACCUGUUCGCCCAGGGCCAGAAUGAUUUCCAGAAGGGUCUGGCUGUGGUUCGUUGCCCCCAGAGUGAGGCAGAGCAGCAUGAGAUAGAGAAUGAGUGCCUGGGCAUGGCUGUACUGGCCAUCACUCACUAUGCUAUGACCAGAGAGAUUCCCCUGUCUACUGCCUCCAAUGAGAUCAGCUACAAGCGUUUCAUCCCGGAGAAACUGAACAGGCAAAUCAAACAGCGGAACAUUCUCACCCGGCUCCGCAUCAACAACGUCUUCAAGAACUUCCUGAAUGAGUUCAACAGUCGCACUGUUCAGGACAGUAACAUCACACUGUACGACCUGAAGAUCAAGUACCUGUCCACCCUGGAAGGCCUGACCCGGGGCCUGGGGAGGGAGAUGCUGGAGCCCAGGGCCCUAGUAGUUACCCAAGAGGUAGAGACCAAUGGGGAGCUGAGCCACGGGCCUGAGUCCUCCCUGGCCAUGGAGGUCCAGGUUACUGGCACCACAGGGAUAUCAUACAGGAGGAAGCCCCCUAAUAAUACCUUGAUCCUGAAAGAGAAGAACAAGUCCAAAAAGAACAAGUUUGAGGGCAAACAGACCAAGAAGAAAGACGCCAGCGAAGGCUGGGUGACAUUCUGUGACUUCCACGAGAUCACACACAUUGUCAUCAAAGAGUCCACUGUCACCAUCUUCAGACAGGAUAACAAGAAGAUGGAGGUGCAGCUGGAGUUUAAAGGAGAGGCGCUGGCAUUCGCUGCUCUGGUGGAUGGGUAUUUCCGUCUGACGGUAGAUGCCCAUCACUACCUGUGUACAGAGGUGGCCCCUUCCUCUGUGGUGCAGAACCUACAGAACUGCUGUCAUGGACCUAUCUGUACGGAGUAUGCCAACCAGAAGCUUCGUCAGGAGGGCAACGAGGAGGGAACCUACGUCCUGCGCUGGUCCUGUACUGACUACCAUUACAUCAUCAUGACCGUGGUCUGCAGCGAGUUGGAUCUGUGUGAGUCGAGACAGGUGCGUCAGUAUAAGAACUUCCAGAUCGAGGUGGGUUCAGAGGGUUUUCGUCUGUACGGGACAGAGACCUACAGGUCAUCUCUCAGAGAGCUGCUAGACCACCUGUCUGGACAGAACCUCCGUACUGACAACCUCCGCUUCCAGCUCAGCCGCUGCUGCCCCCCACAGCCCAGAGAGGUGUCCAACCUGCUGGUGGUAACUAAGGACAGAGUGCUGGUUCCCCAAACAACCCUGCAGGAGAGUCAACUCAGCUUCCACAGGAUUCUCAAGGAGGAGAUCAUGCAGGGAGAGCACCUGGGGCUGGGUACCCGGACCAACAUCUAUGCUGGAGUACUGAAGGUGAAGAGUGAGGAGGAUGCAGGAUACUAUCCCUCUCAGGAGCUCAAAGUAGUGCUGAAGGUGUUGGGGUCUGGACACAGAGACAUCUCCCUGGCCUUUUUUGAGACAGCUAGUAUGAUGCGGCAGGUCUCCCAUAAGCACAUCGCCCUGCUCUAUGGAGUCUGUGUACGCCACCUUGAGAAUAUCAUGGUGGAGGAGUUUGUCCAGUUAGGUCCGUUGGAUAUGUUCAUGCGGAGACAACACAGUCCUCUCAGUACACCAUGGAAGUUCCAGGUGGCCAAACAACUGGCCAGCGCUCUCAGCUACCUGGAGGAUAAGAAGCUAGUGCAUGGCUUUGUGUGUACCAAGAACAUCCUGCUGGCCAGAGACGGAGUGGACAGUGAGGGAGGACCCUUCAUCAAGCUCAGCGACCCCGGCAUACCCAUCACUGUGUUGACCAGAGAGGAGUGUGUGGACCGGAUCCCUUGGAUUGCUCCAGAGUGUGUGAAGGACUCUGCCAACCUGAGUGUAGCAGCUGAUAAAUGGGGAUUCGGCACAACACUGUGGGAGAUCUGCUAUGACGGAGAAGUGCCCCUUAAAGACAAGAAACUCACAGAGAAAGAAAGGUUCUAUGCAGCAGAGUGUCAGCUAGCUACUCCAGACUGCAAAGAGCUGGCUGAACUGAUGACCCAUUGUAUGACCUUCGACCCCCGUAAACGCCCGUUCUUCAGGGCCAUCGUCAGAGACAUAGACACCCUUGAGGAACAGAACCCCUCUAUCAAGCCUGUACCCACUCUGGAGGUCGACCCCACUGUGUUCGAAAAGAGGUUCCUCAAGAAGAUUCGAGAUUUAGGAGAGGGUCACUUUGGCAAGGUGGAGCUGUGUCGGUAUGACCCCAGAGGGGACCGGACAGGGGAGCUGGUUGCAGUGAAGAGUUUAAAGCCAGAGAACAGAGAGGAACAGAGCAGCAACCUCUGGUGUGAGAUAGGAAUCCUUAAAGAACUUUACCACCACAACAUUGUCAAGUACAAAGGCAUCUGUCAGGAGGAGGGAGGCAGAGCCAUCAAGUUGAUCAUGGAGUACCUGCCUGCUGGCAGUCUGAAGGAGUACCUCCCUCGCAACAAAAGCCAGACCAGCCUGAAGACUCUGCUCAGUUACGCUGUCCAGAUCUGUCAGGGAAUGGACUAUCUGGGAUCUCGGAAUUACAUCCACCGGGAUCUGGCGGCCCGGAACGUUCUGGUGGAGAACGAGAGCACGGUGAAGAUCGGAGAUUUUGGACUGACCAAGAGCAUCAAGGACAACGAGGGAUAUUACACGGUCAAAGAUGACCUGGACAGCCCUGUGUUCUGGUAUGCCCCAGAGUGUCUGGUCCACUGUAAGUUCUACCUGGCCUCUGAUGUCUGGUCCUUCGGUGUCACCAUGUAUGAACUACUCACCUACUGUGACUCUGCCAUCAGCCCCAUGACGGUGUUCUUGAAGAUGAUUGGUCCCACUCAGGGUCAGAUGACUGUGACGCGAUUGGUCAAGGCGCUGGAGGAGGGAAAGAGGCUGCCCCGCCCUGAGAGCUGUCCUGGAACGGUGUAUGAGCUGAUGAGGAAGUGUUGGGAGAGCACCCCCGACAGGAGGAUCACCUUCAAGAGCCUCAUCGACGAGUUCACCCGCAUGCUUGCCAACAACAGCUUGUAACCACAGCAACCACCCUCUACGCAAAGCCUUACCUACCACUGAUACAAUCCCAGGGGUCAAGGGUGAAAGGUUAAGGGUCACAGACUAUGGUGACCUGGACCAAAAAAACAACAAAAUCAGUGCUGCUGCAAGACACUUUCUUUCACGCAGUUUUUGACAUCCUCUAUAUUUACACUUCUGUUUUUUCCCUGAGAGAUAUUAUACUAGAGAUAUCAACUAUAAGGAUGAAUAUCAUCAAAUCAAAUGUAUUUAUAUAGCCCUUCUUACAUCGGCUGAUAUCUCAAAGUGCUGUACAGAAACCCGGCCUAAAACCCCGAAUACAUACAUAGCAUAUGGAAUGAAAUAUGUGCGAACACGUAGCUUUGACCCCUUGCUGAAUGUGACACUGAGCUGUGUACACCUCUGUCACCUGGGGCCCACCACUCAGUCUGACCUUUUCACCUUUUAUCAAAAUGUAUCAGCUCUGCCAUGUAUGUGUGGACCUGUAUCCUUAUAAUCAGUUCUAAAAUGGAGAAAGGGGUUGAAGAAAAAGCGGGAGAGAGGCCCUUGAUUGGACCUGUGCAAGAUGGACUCUGGAAAAGGAUUGCUACGGCCACUGUGAAGAUGUCACACACAGUGACAAAGCCAACGACAUGUUAGUGAACAGGAUUCUAACCAUGGACUGACUGCAUGAGGCCACCUCCCUGUGAGUGGUGACAGAUGUGUAGGAUAUAGGAUACUGGUGAAAUAUCAAAUCACAUUUUAUUCUGCACAUUGUUCAUAAACAACAGGUGUAGACUAACAGUGAAAUGCUUACAUUCGGGCCCUUCCCAACAAUGCAGAGAGUAAAAUAAUAGAACGGUAAAACAAGUAAUAAUAAAUACACAAUGAGCAACGAUGUAUGGGAUAUAGUAUACUGUUAGCAGUGGGUUGGAUUGGGAUGAAGGAUACUGUUUACAUUGAAGGGAGGAGGAUGCGAAAGUAGUACCUGUGAUGGACAAUGGAGGGCAGUAUAGCUUUACAUAAACUUUACUGUAAACUGCUUUUAUUUCAAAACAGCUUCUUAAGUACAGCCAUAAUGUGUAUGUCCAAUAUUUCAUGUCUUUAUUUGAAUAUACAAUAUUGGGGGUGUGAGGACAGAAGGAAGGAGAUGAAGAACAGAGCCUUAAAAAGGUGUUAUUUGAGACCGUCUAAAAGGGUAAAGAAAAAUAAUUAGCGGAACAGACAUUGUUGUAUAGCUCAUGAAAUGCAUAUGCCAGUAAGGUCUACAGCACGUACAGCAGUGGAGGCUGGUGGGAGGAGCUAUAGGAGGACGGGCACAUUGUAAUGGCUGUAAUGGAGUAAAUGGAACGGUAUCAAACACAGAUAUGGAAACCACGUUUGACUCCGUUCCAUUAAUUCCAUUGCGGCCAUUACAAUGAGCCCAUCCUCCUAUAGCUCCUCCCACCAGUCUCCACUGACUUACAGGUAUCUUUACCGUAGGCAAACACAGUUGAAAAGGGAAAAUGUGAUAUUGAGAACAUAUGUAAGGAAGGUGCUGGACAGACAAUGUGUGGAUGAGAUAGUCAAUGCAAGAAGAAGACAACACAGAAUAGUUUUUCAGUUUACAGUCCAUGUUUAUUCUGGACUGUAAAAGACCAUUCUUUCUGCUCAUAAAGAAGAGAAAACAAAUACAUUUUUCAGAGGAAUAAGACAAAGAAAUAAUGACUCUCGGAAACAUUUACAUAAAUACACAAUUAAAAUAAAUAAAAUCUAAAAUUUAUUUUUUUGCCUUCUGUGUCAAAUUCCAAAGUGUCAAACGCAAUAUUAAUUGUUGAAAACAUAUUUGUAUAUUACAGCAGUAAAUAUGCAUGCUAAAAUUUGAUUGCAUCUAGAAAUAGCUUAUUCACAGUAAAGCAAUAUCAACGUAGUUGUAAUAUAAAAUAUUGCAAAAUCUACGGUAGAGAUUUCAUGUCAGAAAGAAUCCACAUACUUUUAAAAAAAAAACAGUAGAAAGCAAAUAGCACACCCAAUCUGGGUCUACAGUCAUGGCCAAAAGUUUUGAAUGACACAAAUAUUAAUUUUCACAAAGUCUGCUGCCUCAGUUUGUAUGAUGGAAAUUUGCAUAUACUCCUGAAUGUUAUGAAGAGUGAUCAGAUGAAUUGCAAAGUCCCUCUUUGCCAUGCAAAUGAACCGAAUCCCCAAAAAACAUUUCCACUGCAUUUUAACCCUGCCACAAAAGGACCAGCUGACAUCAUGUCAGUGAUUCUCUUGUUAACACAGGUGUGAGUGUUGAUGAGGACAAGGCUGAAGAUCACUCUGUCAUGCUGAUCGAGUUCGAAUAACAGACUGGAAGCUUCAAAAGGAGGGUGGUGAUUGGAAUCAUUGUUCUUCCUCUGUCAACCAUGGUUACCUGCAAGGAAACACGUGCUGUCAUCAUUGUUUUGCUCAAAAAGGGCUUCACAGGCAAGGAUAUUGCUGCCAGUAAGAUUGCACCUAAAUCAACCAUUUAUCGGAUCAUCAAGAACUUCAAGGAGAGUGGUUCAGGACUGUCUCAUAAAGUUGAUUCAGCUACCACCACCCGUACAGAGCUUGCUCAGGAAGGGCAGCAGGCAGGUGUGAGUGCAUUUGCACGCACAGUGAGGCGAAGACUUUUGGAGGAUGGCCUGGUGUCAAGAAGGGCAGCAAAGAAGCCACUUCUCUCCAGGAAAAACAUCAGGGACAGACUGAUAUUCUGCAAAAGGUACAGGGAUUGGACCGCUGAGGACUGGGGUAAAGUCAUUUUCUCUGAAUCCCCUUUCCAAUUGUUUGGGGCAUCUGGAAAAAAGACCAUUCAUGUUUGGGGUUGCUUCUCAGCCAAGGGAGUGGGAUCACUCCCAGUUUUGCCUAAGAACACAGCCAUGAAUAAAGAAUAGUACCAACAGAUCCUCCAAGAGCAGCUUCUCCCAACCAUCCAGGAACAGUUUGGUGACGAACAAUGCCUUUUCCAGCAUGAUGGAGCACCUUGCCAUAAGGCAAAAGCGGCUCGGGGAACAAAACAUCAAUAUUUUGGGUCCAUGGCCAGGAAACUCCCCGGACCUUAAUCCCAUUGAACUUGUGGUCAAUCCUCAAGAGGUGGGUGGACAAACAAAAACCCACAAAUUCUGACAAACUCCAAGCAUUGAUAAUGCAAGAAUGGGCUGCCAUCAGUCAGGAUGUCCCAGAAGUUAAUUGACAGCAUGCCAGGGUGGAUUGCAGAGGUCUUGAAAAAGAAGGGUCAACACUGCAAAUAUUGACUCUUUGUAUCAACUUAAUGUAAUUGUCAAGAAAAGGUUGACAAACUGUAAUUAUACUUCAGCAUUCCAUAGUAACAUCUGACAAAAAUAUCUAAAGACACUGAAGCAGCGAACUUUGUGGAAAUUCAUUUUUGUCAUUCUCAACUUUUGGCCAUGACUGUAAAGGCUUUAAAAUAUUCUGUUCAGUCGUAAACACUUCAGUAUUGCAAAGCUCUCUCUCUCACACACACACACACACACACACACACACACACACACACACACGGUUCAGUACCGUAGGCACAGGCUCACUCUUCGUGCUCACCCAGUGUAGUACAUUGUUGUGUCAACGCAGCCUACACACACAUCAAACUAGCUGAUUCUCCUACAACACUGACCGUGUACCUUGUUUCCAAUGAAUAUAACAAUACACCUAGAUGUCAACAUGCAAAGAUGGGCACAACCGAUAUACAGUACCAGUCGAAAGUUUGGACACACCUAAUCAAUGUUUUUUUUGUGUUUUUUUUUACUGUUUUCUACUUUGUAGAAUAGUUAUCAAAUAACGCAUAAGGAAUCAUGUAGUAACCAAAAUAGUGUUAAACUAAUCAAAAUACAGUGGGGCAAAAAAGUAUUUAGUCAGCCACCAAUUGUGCAAGUUCUUCCACUUAAAAAGAUGAGGCCUGUAAUUUUCAUCAUAGGUACACAUCAACUAUGACAGACAAAAUGAGAAAUAUAUUUAUAUAUAUGUAUAUAUUUAGAUUCUUCAAAGUAGCCACCCUUUGCCUUUAACAGCUUUGCACACUCUUGGCAUUCUCUCAACCAGCUUCACCUGGAAUGCUUUUCCAACAGUCUUGAAGGAGUUCCCACAUAUGCUGAGCACUUGUUGGCUGCUUUUUCUUCACUCUGCGGUCCAACUCAUCCCAAUUGGGUUGAGGUCGGGUGAUUGUGGAGGCCAGGUCAACUGAUGCAGCACUCCAUCACUCUCCUUCUUGGUCAAAUAUCCUGUACACAGCCUGGAGGUGUGUUGGCUUAUUGUCCUGUUGAAAAACAAAUGAUAGUCCCACUAAGCGCAAACCAGAUGGGGUGGCUUAUCGCUGCAGAAUACUGUGGUAGUCAUGCUGGUUAAGUGUUCCUUGAAUUUUAAAUAAAUCAGUGAUACCAGCAAAGCACCCCCACACCAUCACAUCUCCUCCAUGCUUCACUGUGGGAACCACACUUGCGGAGAUCAUCCGUUCACCUAUUCUGCACCUCACAAAGACACAGCGGUUGAAAACAAAAUUCUCAAAUUUGGACUAAUCAGACCAAAGGACAGAUUUCCCAGGUCUAAGGUCCAUUGCUCGUGUUUCUUGGCCCAAGCAAGUCUCUUCUUCUUUUUGGUGUCCUUUAGCAGUGGUUUCUUUGCAGCGAUUUGACCAUGAAGGCUUGAUUCACACAGUCUCCUCUGAACAGUUGAUGUUGAUGUGUCUGUUACUUGAACUCUGUGAAGCAUUUAUUUGGGCUGCAGUCUGAGGCUGGUAACUCUAAUUAACUUAUCCUCUGCAGCAGAGGUAUCUCUGGGUCUUCCUUUCCUGUGGUGGUCCUCGUGAGGGCCAGUUUCAUCAUAGCGCUUGAUGGUUUUUGCGACUGCACUUGAAGAAACUUCCAAAGUUCUUUACAUUUUCUGGAUUGACUGACCUUCAUGUCUUAAUGUAAUGAUGGACUGUUCUUACCAUAAUAUGGACUUGGUCUUUUACCAAAUAGGGCUAUCUUCUGUAUACCACCCCUACCUUGUCACAACACAACUGAUUGUCUCAAAUGCAUUCAUUUGUGGAAUUUAUUUCCUUCUUAACUUUUAACAAGGCACACCUGUUAAUUGAAAUGCAUUCCAGGUGACUACCUCAUGAAGCUAGUUGAGAGAAUGCCAAGAGUGUGAAAAGCUGUUAUUAAAGGCAAAGGGUGGCUACAGUAAAGAAUCUCAAAUAUAAAAUAAAUGUUGAUUUGUUUAACACUUUUUUGGUUACAACAUGAUACAAUUUGUGUUAUUUCAUAGUUGUGAUGUCGUCACUAUUAUAAAAAAUAAAGAAAAACCCUUGAAUGAG